CACUGCUGCCAAAUCAACGUGCCAAACCGAGCCAAAGCGUCUCGAAACAAAAGACUACUCAAAGAGGGCAGAGAAACAAGGAGGAAGUAAAAAGCGGAAUCCUCCCAAACCGAAGCUCAAGGUCACAGAGAAGAGAGGCUUGUUCACUUGAGCCUAGCCCACUCCCCUCGUGCGCGUUUCGCCUGAUUGAUACUGUAGUAUAGUACAAGUGUCCAACCCGAAAGCGAGAACGUCACGACGGAAUUCAUUUACUAUUGUUGGCCAUGGCCGCCUAUGCUGGGCUGUUCCGCGUCGCCCUCGUCCUCAUCGCCGCCGCCGCGACCUGGGCGGCGGCCCUAGACGACCCGGCGGGGCUUCUGCGACGGGCCAAGGAGGCGGAGUUCAUGGACUGGAUGGUGGGGGUGCGCCGGCGGAUCCACGAGAACCCUGAGCUCGGCUACGAGGAGUUUGCCACCAGUGAGCUCGUGCGGCGCGAGCUCGAUGCCAUGGGGAUCCCCUACAGGCACCCCUUCGCUGUCACCGGCGUCGUCGCCACCGUCGGCACAGGCGGCCCGCCCUUCGUCGCGCUUCGGGCUGACAUGGACGCGCUCCCUAUGCAGGAAAGCGUGGAAUGGGAACAUAAGAGCAAAGUGCCUGGGAAGAUGCAUGGAUGUGGCCAUGAUGCACAUGUUGCUAUGCUAUUGGGUUCUGCUAGGAUUCUUCAGGAGCACCGUGACGAGUUGAAGGGUACUGUAGCCCUUCUUUUCCAACCAGCUGAGGAAGGUGGUGGUGGAGCCAAGAAAAUGGUAGAAGCCGGAGCUGUGGAAAACAUAGAGGUCAUGUUUGGACUUCAUGUAGCUGACAGUGUGCCAAUUGGUGUGCUGGCAUCCAGACCUGGUCCUAUAAUGGCAGGGAGUGGAUUCUUUGAGGCAGUAAUAAGUGGAAAGGGAGGGCAUGCUGCACUUCCUCAUCACACUAUUGAUCCGAUACUGGCUGCAUCCAAUGUUAUUGUAAGCCUUCAGCAACUUGUUUCCCGAGAAGCUGACCCCUUGGACUCACAGGUAGUAACGGUUGGAAAGUUUCAAGGUGGUGGAGCCUUCAAUGUUAUCCCUGAUUCCGUGACAAUAGGCGGUACCUUCCGAGCCUUUUUGAAGGAGAGUUUUAAUCAAUUGAAGCAGCGAAUUGAAGAGGUCAUAGUCACACAGGCAUCUGUCCAGCGCUGCAGCGCAGUUGUGGACUUCCUUGACAAAGAUAAGCCUUUCUUCCCUCCAACAAUCAACAAUCCCGAGCUUCACGAUUUCUUUGCGAAGGUGGGCAGUGAGAUGGUUGGCCCCAACAACGUGAGAGAGAAGCAGCCACUGAUGGGUGCCGAGGACUUCUCCUUCUACACGGAGGCCGUUCCCAAGACAUACUACUACUUCGUGGGGAUGCUCAACGAGACUCGUGGACCGCAGGCGCCUCAUCACUCCCCCUACUUCACCAUCAACGAGGAUACACUGCCCUAUGGUGUGGCCAUGCAAGCAUCGUUGGCUGCUCGCUAUCUGCUUGAGCACCAGCCUGUUACCGCUGCUAAGGUGGAACCUCGCGACGAGCUGUAGAUGGUGUCCGUGUUGAAUGAAACGGAGAAGGACAAGGACGUGCACAGCAAUUGUUGGU